AGAACUCUCACUGGAAUCGACUCGCGUGGCAGGGUCAAAUAAUAUAAAGUUUCUUUAUUCGGAUAGAACUGUUCAAUAGAUCACAAUGUGGACUUUAAUUGCAGUUCUUCUCAUUUCUUGGAAUGGUGUCUUUGGUACAAGCGAUAUUUGUAACGAGAGAGUUUCAUCCGUUUGUCUCAGCAGCAGUUCACGUCCUUCAUUUCCAGAAACUGAAGAGGAACUUGAAAAAGUUUGCCAGAUUCUGCUAACAGCAUUCAGGUGCGUUAGGAACUAUGCGGAAAGAUGUGAAAUCGAAACAGCAGAGGUGAAAGAAAUCGAGACAUUCUCUGAAGCACUGACGGAAAUCUGCCGAGAGGACACGCUGCUGCAUUCAAAUGUUGUACAGAAUUUACCAUGUCUGAAAGAUAUCUUUCAACAUGCCGAGCAACAGUGUCAAGGAUUCACAAGGAAUGCCAUCAAUCAUUUGUAUGAACAAGUAAUGAACGCAGGAAAUGCAAAUGGAGAUGAGAACCACGUCUAUAGAGUGUUUGAUUGUCUAUUCGUGUCUAUUCAGGCCCACUGUUUCGUGACUCAAACCGUUGAGAAGUGCGGAUCUCGAGCUAAAGAUGCUGUCUUAGAAAUAAUGGAGAAAUCUCGGCUCGUGGACGAGGAGUGCCCUGGGUCUGUGCAGAAAGAAGUUUUGGAACUCUUGAAUGUCCUCGCUUUGGCAACAGAAGAAGAGGUCCACGUGAAGAGAUUGCUUGGUGGGAAGAAAUAGAUUGCUUAAAAUGUGUCUUGAAGUCAUAUGUUGCAGGCUUUUGAAUGCUUUUCAUGUAAUGCCUUCCGAGCUUAACUAAAAUUCUUUACUCGAAA